UUUGCGCAAAUUCAUGUCCGUUGUUAGCCUAUUUUCUAAUUUCUCUUAGGCUCAAAACUUAUCUGCCAGAGAAAAAAAUAGCAGCUCUUUUAGAAGUUGGGUAUAAGAAAUAGUUGAUAUGAUAUGUAAAGUACUUUCAAUGCUUAUUCCUUGUAAGUGCACAAUAAACAUUAGCUGCCACAAUUAUUAUUAUGGGAAGGAUUUUCCUCGUAAUCAAUGGGAAUGCAGGGCAAUUCUCAUUGUCUUCUACUAACAAAGCUUUCAAAUGACACAUUGCCAAGCAAUUAUUUCCUUAUAUAACUAUGUAAUGUCUAUACAUUAAUCCAAUGUGGGGUUAAUUGUACUAAGAAGGUAAUACUUAAAGAAAAACUUUAGCACUAAAAAAAAGUGGGUUUUUUGGGUAACUAAGUAUGACAUGACUGAAUGCUGGUUAGGAAAAGUUCUGCCUCUGCGUCAGAAAGUCCCUAUGGUUUGUAAGCCUUUGUCAGAUUUUUUUUUGGAUCAUAUUAUUUUGAGAAUUUCAAUAUUUAGAAAUAUAUGAUGCUUUGUGAAUAGGAUACCAUAGCUCAGGGCCUGAAGGUUACUCUUUGAGUUUAGCACUCUCUUUGUGGGCUUACUUUCUUCAUCACGUGAGAAAGUACUUGAUAUCAAUGAUCCUUCUCGGACAAUCUCAUUAAAAGCUGACUUGAAACAGCAAAUAAUUAUGGGGCCAAAAAUGCCAAAGCUUUAAAGAGAAGUCUAUUAUGUAAUAACUUAUAGACAUCUUCACAGGAAAAUAUCAACGAGCCACACGCCAUUUCCCUAAUAACGCAUAGAAAAACUAGACCUUACAUGCUGGAGAUGUAGAAAAAUUGAUGUUUAUCCUGGUCAAACAAAAAAAUGAUGGGGAUAAUUUUUUCUCAAAUCAAAGCUAUGAAUGUCACAUUCAGAAGUUAACUGUUCUAGUUGUGGAAAAACGAAUCUGUCCACUUGAUGAAGACUCCGGAGAUGCUACCAAACAUGCCAGCAAAAGGGAACCUGAGUUUCCUAGUUUUUUCAUUUCGUCCAUCUUCCUGCUCCUGCUCUUGGUUGCCCAGACACUGAGAGCAUGCCGCAGGUUUCCUGGAAUUCGCAGUAAAGCAGAUAACCUCAGCUUUCUUCAAAACCUUGUCUGUCAUUCAAUCCUUCCGCCAGAUUCCUCAUGUUUGACUGCAAGAUCUCUGGGCACAGGCAUGUUUAUUGCUCUAUAUGUACAAGAUCAUCUUACAACAUAUGAUAAGGACCACAUCCAAGCUAUCACUGAUGCUCUGAUUAAUGCAUGCCACAACAAAUAUGCUGUCACCAAAGCAACCACAUUAAAUGAUGAUGAAAUUAUAAGCACUGUGAGUGACCUCUCUGGAGCUGAUGGAAAGAUUGGGAUGAAAUCACCCAGGUUUGAAGACAGGAAACUUUUACCCUACACAGAAGCUUUUAUAAAUGAAAUAUUCAGGCACGCCUCGUUUCUUCCUUUCACUAUUCCUCAUUGUGGAAGUACGGGAAUGCCUCUCCGCCUGUGGUAAUCGGCACAGCAGAAUGCAGUGGCCUCAGCCCAGGGACCUCGAAGGGAAAGACCACCAGCUGAGUCAAACCCAGACAGUGAGCCGCUCAGGCCCCUGGAUUUUGCCUCUCUAGUUUGCUCUCCAUAUUUCACAUGAUCUCUUUCCUUCAGAUCCCCUCUCUGGUUGAAGCAGAUUUCAUCUUUAACUUCAUAAAAAAGUGAAGUGUUA